ACUAGGAAUCGAGCUCUGCUUGGGCUGUUAGUGUAAAAUUAACAUCUGUGAUGCUAUGCUCCUCUUUCCCUCUCUUUCUAUCGCUAUAAUACACACAAAAACAGUCUUAAUUCCAAAAGGGUACUUCUUUUGGUUCUGUGCUAUGUCUUUUGCUGCUGAUCCCUCUUCACAGAACUGCAAAUGGGGGAGGAAUCAUAUUUCGAAUUUCUUGUUAUUAUUUGAUACCCCUCUCACUUUCCUUUUCAUCUUUUAGAUUACUUCUUACACUACAAACUCUUUUGCUAUCCUAUCCACCCCCAAAAAACAUACGACUUCCUUUUCUCUUUGCGCAACUUCUUUACCCUUCUCGCUCUAAAGGCGCCACCUUUAUGGAUUUCUUGCUCAAAAUUGGCUUUCUCUUCAGGAUAAUUCACCUGGCUAUUUUCCGUAGAGCCUUUGGAAACAUUCUUAAUUACUAAUUCCAGCCUAUUUCUUGAUCAAUGUACUUUGCCCCCUUGUUCCGUGGUGUUAGUUGCGUUUGUUUUUGUGGUCGUGUAAUGCUAGAGUGACUGAAGUGUUUGCCUCAAGAAAAGCAGAAAGUUGGAAACCUUUUUUUUUUUUUUUUUUAAUCUGGGAAUUCAUGGAAUUUGAUCUGAAUCAUGCAGUGAGUGAGGUGGAGCAGAAUGUUGCAUGUGUAAAUGGAGGAGAAUGCGAAGAAUCUGCUCCACCAUCGAUAUACGUGGAGCUCUGGCAUGCUUGUGCUGGACCUCUCACCAGCUUGCCUAAGAAAGGAAAUGUGGUGGUGUAUUUCCCUCAAGGCCACAUGGAGCAGGCUGCAUCUGCCUCACCCUUUCCACCCAUGGAUAUGCCUACUUUUGAUCUUCCUCCACAGAUCUUUUGCCGAGUUAUCGAUGUUCGGCUACUUGCAAACAAGGAGAAUGAUGAGGUUUACACUCAACUGAAUCUGCUUCCUCUUCCAGAGAUGGGAGGGGUGAAAUUGGAUGGCAAAGAGAAUGAAAAUUCAGACGUUGAUGAGGACGGGAAUGGUGUUAUGCCUGCAAAGUCGACUUCCCACAUGUUCUGCAAGACCCUGACUGCUUCGGAUACCAGUACCCAUGGUGGAUUUUCCAUUCCUCGUAGGGCUGCCGAAGAUUGCUUCCCCCCUCUGGAUUAUAAAGAGCAAAGGCCCUCCCAGGAACUCAUAGCCAAAGACCUGCAUGGAGUGGAGUGGAAGUUCAGACACAUUUAUAGAGGCCAGCCUAGGCGACAUUUGCUCACUACUGGUUGGAGCAUAUUUGUCAGUCAGAAAAAUCUUGUUUCAGGGGAUGCUGUUCUCUUUCUGAGAGGAGAAGCUGGGGAACUACGGUUGGGGAUUAGACGAGCUGCUCGGCCUAGGAAUGGCUUGCCUGAUUCGAUCAUUAAGAAUCAGGGUUCUUAUCCCAAUGUCCUCUCUCCAAUUGCCGAUGCUAUAUCAAGCAACACUUCAUUUCAUGUUUUCUACAGCCCAAGGGCAAGUUGCCAUGCUGAUUUUAUUGUCCCCGUUGAAAAAUAUGUUAUGUGUACCACCAGUAAGUUACCUGUUGGGACAAGAUUCAGAAUGAAAUUUCACUUUGAUGAUUCUCCUGAAAGAAGGUUCAGUGGGGUGGUGACUGGAGUCGGUGAUAUGGAUUCCUAUAGAUGGCAGAACUCAAAAUGGAGAUGCCUGAUGGUUCGUUGGGAUGAAGACAUCAUGAGUAACCACCAAGAACGAGUUUCUCCAUGGGACAUAGAUUUCUCAGGUAACUAUGCACCCCUGAGUAUCCAGCCCUCACCUAGGACGAAGAAACUGAGGUCAAAUCUGCAUGUUACUCCGCAUGGCAGCUCUAUUGCUGGUGGGGGCUCUGUUUUGGACUUUGAGGAGUCAGUAAGAUCCUCCAAGGUCUUGCAAGGUCAAGAAAAUAUAGGUCUUGUAUCACCUUUCUAUAGAGGUGAUCGAGUGAACUGCCAGCUCGAUUUUGGUAUGCAACCUUCCACACCUAAUCCUGUGGCGAACAGGAUGGAUAUGAUUAACUAUGGCGAGUUUGUGAGAAAUCACGCUCCCGCCAACUUCACAGGUUUUCUGGAAUCCAAUUGGUUUCCUAAGGUCUUGCAAGGUCAAGAAAUUUGCUCAUUCAAAUCUCUCGCGGCAAGAAGUAGUUCGGAUAUAGGUGUUUGGUCAAAACCUCAACACGGUUACAACAGUCACAAUCAGAGGCCGAGGCCGAGCUUCUAUCCUCUGGCUUCAGAAGGUUCUAGAAGCAUUCCGAUUCAUCACAAGAACAUCCAUACAGGAGGGCUCAUACUAUCCAACUUCUCUAAUUUUCAGACAGAAAAUCAUGUUUUGAGCCCUACUUCGAUUUUGAGUGGGACUAAAGCUGAUGUAGGUCGGAUGCCACAUCUGACCAACGAACCAAGGACGCUGGAGAGAACGUCUGUCCUUAAACAUAUGAAGAAUGAAAGCAACUUGAAAGAAGAAGUUCGUAGCUGCAAGAUAUUCGGUUUCUCUUUGACAGAAGAUCCUGCUGCCAUCAAUCUACAGGGUCCUAACAAGAGGAGCUGUACGAAGGUUCACAAACAAGGUAGCUUGGUUGGGAGAGACAUUGAGCUUUCAAGAUUGAAUAGCUAUGAAGAUUUGCUGACUGAACUUGAGAGGCUUUUCAACAUAGAAGGCCUCUUGUGCAAUCCUAACUACGGAUGGCGCAUACUGUACACUGAUAGCGAGAAUGACAUGAUGGUAAUUGGCGACGACCCUUGGCACGAGUUUGUUGAGGUGGUAACGAAGAUCCACAUAUACACACAAGAGGAAGUGGAGAAGCUGACCAUUGGAAUGAACAGCGACGACACCAAGAGUUGCCUCGAAGAAGCGCCACCAGCGCCUGAUGUGUCCAAGUCGUCUUCAGGGCAGCCCGAUUCUUCCCCUACUGUGAUAAGUAUGUGAGUUGGAGGUUCGUGCACAUUACUAAACAAAGUGUUGUGUUUGUGUUUGUGUUCUUACUUAAGAAAACGAUGUAGUUGAAAUAGAUGGAUUUGGUUAUUAUGAUGUUUGAAUGCUGUUUGUUUCUCUCUUGUCACACUGUCUCCAUGGAUAGAGACAUAUAAGUUUGUUUGUGUUGGUUAUCUGUCUC